AUGCAACAUCAUCGUUUAACACAUUAUUCAAAUAUUAGAUCUGAAAGUGUCAAAGUUUUAAUCCGUUGUCGUCCAUUUAGUCAUCGAGAAUUGGCAUCGAGCUCAUCAAAAUGUGUUGAUUUACUCUUAUCAAGUGGAAUAGUUCGGCUAUUGAGUCCAAUAAAAAAUAAACGCCGUAUUUGUAGAAUAUUUCGAUUUGACUCAAUUUAUGAUGAUUAUCAUAAAACAGAUCAAAUAUUCACCGAAUCUGUUCAGCCAUUAGUAUUAGCAGCAACGAUAAAUGGAUAUUCGGGAACAAUAUUUGCCUAUGGACAAACCGGAAGUGGAAAGUCUUGGACAAUGACUGGAUGUUCGUGUUCAUCGGAAAAAGGUCUGAUAUCAAAAGCAAUCGAACAUGUAUUUGAUUUAAUAAAUUAUCAUGAAAGUAUCGAUCCACUCAAAAUCAAUGAGAAGAAAAAUUCUGAUGCUUUCAAUAGGCAAUCCUUUCAAGAUUUGAAGAUUUUGGAUAAUAAUAAUAAUAGUGAGAUAACAAAUUUCGAAAAAUUUAUGGUUAAAUGUGCAUACUUAGAAAUUUACAAUGAAGAAUUGCGUGAUCUAUUAUUUAAAUCUGAUCAUCGUCAUCAAAAACUAGAAAUACGUGAAAAUUCAUUAAAUGGUGUAUGUGUAACAAAUUUAACAUGGCAUCAAGUACAAACAUCCGAUGAAUGUUCUAAAUUUAAACGUCAGGGUGAUUUGCAACGAUCAAUCGCAUCGACACAAAUGAAUUCGGAUUCAUCUCGAAGUCAUACAAUGUUUUGUAUUUUAAUUGAACAUACUACAUUUACAACAUCGAAUGAAAAACAUCGACUUGUACGACUAGGAAAAUUAAAUUUUGUUGAUUUAGCUGGAAGUGAACGACAAACAAAAACUGGAUGUAGUGCACAACGUUUAUUUGAAUCAGCUAAAAUUAAUUUGUCAUUAUCAGCGUUGAAUAAAGUGAUAUCGUCUUUAGUUGACGGAAAAUCAAAACAUAUCCCCUACAGAGACUCAAAAUUAACAAGAUUAUUACAAGAUUCAGUAGGUGGAACAACAAAAACAAUUAUGAUCGCGUGCAUUUCACCAUCCGAAGAUAAUUAUGAAGAAACAUUGUGCACAUUAAGAUACGCUUCACGUACUAAGAAUAUUCGUAAUACGCCAAUUGUCAAUGAAAGUUCACCUCGCGUACUCAUUAGACAAUAUGAAGAUGAAAUUAAACGGUUAAGAGCAAUAAUAUCUGGUCAAAUGCAUUUUAAUAAACUGAUAUUGUAUGAAACAGCAGUUGACACGUCGACAGAUGAAACUAAAAGAGUAACAGACCGUAAAGAAAUUACUGAACAAGAAAAAGCGACUAAUAACAGGUACUUUUAG